AUGGCGGAUGACGAGCAAUGGAGCGGCAUGGAGAACACGGUUGACGAUCCCGAGGAGACGAGGGUCAUUUUCUGCGCUCUCGACUCUUUUCUCCAAUACGCAAAAGUGGCACACUUCAACGUAACCCACCUCCGCCGCCAAUCCUUCUACGCCCUCCCCCAGGCGCACUGGCAGCUCCUCGCCGCCCCGCCCUUCAACUUCCUAGACACCCUCGAGCGCACCGACGACGCAAUCGAGUCCAACGCCGAACUCGCCCGCGCCAUCGCCCACAACGGCCUGCGCUCCUUCCACCUCGUACCAGAGGGCUCGGCAGAGGAACCAAAGCUCCCAGACCCCUGGGUCGGCGUCGCCAAGCACGGCGACACCGAUAAAGCACGCAGCACCCUCCGCCAAUUCUACCGCGACUGGUCCGCCGAGGGCGCCGCGGAGCGCAGCGUAUGCUACGGUCCCGUCCUCGACGCCCUCGAUCGCGAGCGCAAGGCCCGGCAGUCAUCUUCUUCUUCUGCUGCAGCAGACGCCGCCGCCGCCGCCGCUCGCCCCGUGAACGCGGAACCCCUUAAAGUCCUCGUCCCCGGCGCAGGCCUAGGCCGCCUCGUCUACGACCUCUGCCUAAACGGCCACGACGCAGAGGGCAACGAGAUCUCCUACCACCAGCUCCUCGCCUCCUCCUACAUCCUAAACUGCACCAAGCAAGCGGGCCAACACAAGAUAUACCCCUGGGUCCACUCCUUCUCCAACCACCGCACGCGCGCAAAUCACCUCCGGAGCUGCGCCGUGCCGGAUAUCCAUCCGGCGACGGAACUCGCGCAGGCGCAGGCGGUGCAGCACGCUUCUGGGACGGGGAUAGGUAGCAUGUCCAUGUGCGCCGCAGACUUUCUAUGCCUGUACGCGGACGAGGAACACUUUGAAGCCUAUGACGCCGUCGCGACGGUGUUCUUUCUCGACACGGCGCCGAAUCUGAUUCGGUACCUCGAGACGAUUCGCCAUGCCCUCCGCCCCGGUGGACUACUUAUCAAUUUCGGUCCUUUGCUGUGGCACUUUGAGAAUAAUGCCCCCGGGAACCACGGACGAGAUACCGACGGCGACGGCGACCACGACGCGAAUAACUCGUCGGGGAUCGCGGACCCGGGUAGUUUCGAGCUGAGUGAUGACGAGGUCAUGGCGCUUGUCGAGAGGGUGGGCUUUGUUGUGGAAAAGCGUGAGGAGGGGAUUGAGGCGCCGUAUAUUCAUGAUGGGGAGAGUAUGUUGCAUACGACGUACCGCGCGAGUUUCUGGGUGGCGAGGAAGCCGUUGUAG